CUGUGCUUAUCAAGUGACACUAGUGAUACUAUUAUAAUGUUUAGGAAGUGAUUAUUAUUUCGUACAUUGUGGUGAGAAAAAUGUAAUUCAAUAAUACUGUAACAGAUUUUAUGAACUCCAUUAUCAGUAAGAAGAUACAUUACAAGAAAAUAUGUAUACGCUACAUUAAAAUAUGUAGUAAUUAUAUUAUAAAUAGUUAUUUUAUGCGUGUCACUGAUAGUAUUUACAAUGACAACACCUAUGUGUGAGGAUGGUGGUCCAUUAAGAGAAUGGGCCCCUCUAGCUACGCUUCUUCAACAGAUACCUGCUAAAAUUCAAAAUGGAUUAUUUACACAUGAUAUUAACUUUACCUGUAUCGAUGCAGUGCCUGAAUUUAUAGCUAUUGGAACUAAUCACGGAUUAGUGUAUUGGUUUAACAGAGAGAAGCAAGACCUACAAAGACUUCGAUGCGAGAAUGUAAACUCAAAGAUCACAUGCAUUCAAGUAAUAUCAACUGUAGAUUAUAUGGUAGCCACUGGUAAUGAGCACGGUGUUGUAACUGUAUUUCAAAUACCGAAAAAUCCACCAGACUCUUUACCAGAUAGUCUAAAGCCAAAGAAAAAGAAGCAGGUAGAACGAUACAGUAUUAGUGGUCUGCAUAGUAGUGCUGUAACAACAGUUGAAUGGUCCAAGAAUGGAAUGAAAUUAUUUAGUGGCGAUCAAGAUGGUUUAGUUGUAUUGACUGAAAUUGAUUUUUACAUGCACCUGUCAAAAUCAUCAGAAUUACUAAAUGAAAAGUAUGCAGUAGUACAGUUGAGUUAUCAACAAGGUUUAUUAUUGGUAUCAACAACAUUACGUACAAUAUUAGUGAACAGAAAUGAAAAUGGAAGAGUAACACAAGUUGGUCAGAAAGAACGUAAAACAUUAGGAAAGCUAGGAGCAAUAUUUGGUUGUCGGCAAAACUAUGGUCAAGAAUCAGUAAUUUAUGCCAGCAGGCCUGGAUUACGUUUGUGGCAAGCUGACAAAACUGGAACUGUAUUGAAAACACUUAUUUUUAAGGAUGCUAUUCGAACUGGUCAUACAGAAGUAGAACUCCUAAAUCCAGCUCCAGAGAGUUCCAAAAAGAAUCGCGGAGAACCAACAUUUGGUGUUAUUUUACCUUUUUGUGACGAUUUAUUGAUCACAUAUAGCGAUGAUAUUAUAUAUGUAGUGAAUCCACAAACUAUCGCUAUAACUUCCAUAGUAACAGACUUGCGUCGCGUUACCGAUGUUGCUUGUACUAAAGAUGAAAUAUUUGUUUUGGAAGGAGAAAGGAACGUUAUACGUAUUGCACAUUAUCCUGAAACUAAUAUGUUCUUGUCCGAAGCAACAAAUACACUGGAUCCUCUGUCAUCAUUUGCAGAAAUCAGUAAACCUGUUACAAAUGGUAUAUUAGAAUUAACUACUAAACUAAAAGAAAGUGCAAUAGUGCCAGCUAUUCCAUUCCAUAAAAUUAAUCCAACUAACAUCAUUCAAUCUGUAGGCAUUCUACCAAUUCUUACUGCUGAUGCUGAUGCAACUUCAAUUGUUCAUGCUGAAGAAGCUGUAGAAGUAUCACCUGUAAUACCAAUAAAUUUGAAUACGUCGCUAACAGCGAUAGACGGUAGUAGCGUGACCGAUCAUAAUGAAGCUUCUAGAAAAAAAUGUAUGGAACAGAACGAUAAGCUCAAUGAUAGAAGACAGAUAUUUCAAAAAAUUAGUCAACAAGAAUUCGAAGAUGUUGUUUUCACCCCAAAAAGAAAAGUAAAAAAAUCACGUAAUACAGUAACAAAUGGGAAUGGAAACUGUUCGUCCGAUGUCGAUGACCCAACCGUCUCAAAUAAGGAUAAGAUAAACGCUAAUGAUCCCAAAACGACGCAUUCUUCCUUAUUAACAUUGAGCAUGGAUGAUGAGUUUGUGUUGAAGACUGAAAGAAAUUUGGAAUCAAUUCAACGUGAUGUAGAAAGUAAAGAAAAACUUUUAGCUGAUGUUUUAGAUUUCGAUUUGUCAAAGUAUAUGACAAGCAGCCAAACUACUACUACUAAUUCAAAUAUAUCUCAGUAUAUUGACACGACUACGUAUAUUAAUUGUAAAAUAGAUUCCAAUGAUUCUUUAACAGUAGACACAAUUAAUCAGCAAGGUGAAUAUAAUGACCAUAGCGAUCAUACGGAAACUGAGUCUGGAGAUGAGGAUGUUAGUUACCGAACAGAGUUAAAAAAGUUAGAAGAUUUAGGUGAGUGCAGGAAGAAGCUUUUCGAAGAUAAACUAAGUGAUUCUUUAUUGCAUAGUAAUUACGUUGAUACAAGAAAUAAGCCAAACAUAGCGGAUAAAGACAGGCAUGAGUUAGAAGUUCAAUUCCACAUUUUAUCUGCAGAGUCUAUGACAUCAACUGUGCCUGAAGAAGAAGAUUGGGUUUUAGUAAAUAUCGUUUGAUACGAUGAAAGACAAAUGAUUUCGCGGACGAAUUGUCUUAGUUUAAUUCAUAUUUUAUAAAUAUUAAAUUCGGUGAAAAUGUACUUUUAUUUUGUUUUUGCACAUCUACUUACCGAGUGAAGUUUAUUAACCGACUUCUAAAAGGAGGAGGUUACUCAAUUCGACAUGUACAUUUUUUUUUUACAAUUAAAAUAUAAGCUUUUAUGUGUACAGUUUUAGACGGAAAAUUCAAAUUGUUGUUUUAAUAACAUGCAUUCGUCUCGUUUUAGUGCAAUUCGUAUUAUAUCGAUCGUAAGUGAUAAAAAGUUAUAAAAUGUCCAGUGAGCACUAAUAGUUAGAAUGAACAUGCAUAUUUGUUCGUAACUGUUAAGUAUUAUAAAGUUACUUUUAAUUUAAAUCGUAUACAAUAUCACUAUCAUCAUUUAAUUGAAAUCUACUUCUGAUUUUAAUGCUUACCCGUAUUUAUAUUUUAAAUGUAUUUGUAGAUAGCAUAAUUGUGAUAAAUUCUUAAAAAUUCAAAUCUUUUUAAGAUUUAUUAUUAUAAUGGACGACACGAUUGUUGUUAUACAUUGUAAAUUAGUAUGUAUACUGUUUUUAUAAAACCAUUAUCACUUAGAGCAUUCCAGAGAAAAAUACUAUUAACAGAAAUUCUCGCAAAGGUAUAUUUAAUUUACCAAUGUAACAGUAUGCUGAAAUACAAAAAUUUGUAAACGUCGCAAACUACAAAUAAAAAUAU